AUGCAGCCUCGUUUUAACAUGUUUCAAGAGCAGUUCCCGGACCACACUGAGGUGCGGCUGUGUCGCAACUACCGCUCCACAGGCACCAUAGUGCGGCUGUGUCGCAACUAUCGCUCCACAGGCACCAUAGUGCGGGCCUCGGCCGCCGUCAUCUCGCAGAACUUUCCAGGAAGGAGGGCGGCCAAAGAGCUGUGCACUGACAACGGCGAUGGGGAGAAGAUCAGGGUGGUGGAGGUGCGAAACGAAGCAGCACAGUGUGCGCUGGUCGCCGAUGCCAUCAUGUCCUUCAUGAACCAAAUGCACCGCGUACAACCGCACACCACUACUGCAGCUACGACCAUAACCACCGGCGUCACUACCAACACCAGUGCCAGCGGCAGCAGCACUGCAGCAGGGAACGCAGCAGCAGAUAACGCAGCAGCAGGGAGCAGUGCAACAGGGAGCAGUGCAACAGGGACUGCAGCAGGUGUCCCCCUGGCGUGGAGCGAUGUGGCAGUGCUGUACCGGCGGCAGGUGACUGGCAGGGCGUUUCAGGCCGCGAUGAGGGAGAGGAAGAUCCCCUUUAACGUGCAUGGCGUGGCGUUUUACAGGAAGAAGGCCCUGCGCAACGUGCUUGCUCUGUUGCGCCUCUCCCUCCCUGCGCUAGUGGACAACACUGCCGCCCGGAGAGUCUGGAAGCUGCUGUUCAGCCGCGAAAAGGACGAGGCAAAGAAGGUGAAAUACUCUUGA